AUGGAUUACAAAAAGACAGGAACAAAGCUCGUACAGUCCUUGGUUGAAGAGGCGGAAAUGGCGAUGAUCCCAUUGUUCAAGCCAGGGUUUAUGCUCAAAAUAGCAUUACCGGACGAUGGAGAAGAAUCCGCGAGUGCCUCCCCAGCUCUUUUUGCCAGUAGGAAGGUGAGGAGACAUAUGUGUGUUUUGAGGGUCAUCGGUGACCCCGUUAUCGGGCAUGGACCGAGUUCGAUUGAGAAGAAGGUUGGCAGCUGUGUGGCGAGGCCAAAGGGAAGGAACUCGCACGAUGCAACCACCUCAGCUGCAAAGUCACCUCGAGCACACCCACAACAGCUGGUCUGGCCACCAACUGCAAACAUCCCACGCGACAUCCAAGGUUUCGAUGCAAAGAUCGACAGCCAGCUGAACUGUGGAGGAAAGAACGAGGGAUUGACUGUGCGCUGUGAUUGCCCGCCCUCGAUGCUGUAA